UGCUGAGCCUAGGGUGGCACAGGGAGGCCAACUGAUGGGGACUCCAUGUUGCAGGCAGGCAGAGAAGCAUCACUGGUUUGAGCUGGUGGGCUUGACUGCUCUGCAGGGGAGGGUGGCCCCCAGCAGUGGUGUGCAAGGGGCACCACACUGAGCUACAUGGCUCCCCAGCAAGAUCUGGGCUCAAGUCUGGCCUGAAAUGGCCUGCUGGGCCCUGUAGUCACGCUGAGCACCUGACCUCUGCCACCAGCUGCCACUGAGCUCCUCAAGCACAUGGCCAUGGUCAUCUCAGGCCUCUGGCCUUGAUGGGGUCAGAUGAGGUGAGGGACGGGGCGUGUCUGCUCUGUGACAUGCGUCCAUACCCCUUUGCCCACCUCACUGGACACUGAGGAGGCUGGCCCACAAGCUUCAGAGCCCACAGAGCUGCAGGCUGGCAGCCCAAGUUGAUGAGACCCCUCCUGGGGGCUCAGCCCGUCCAUUUUGUGUCUGCGUCUUGUGGACAGUGGCCCCCACCCCAGCCAGCAGCCGCCGGAUCUCCAUCAGGGCCCGCAGUUGGGAGCCUGGCCGCCCGCUGAGGCAGAGCCCCUGACCACCUCGCCCAGCUGCCGAGGACAUGGCUGUGUGCAGGCGGGCAUGGGAAAAGCCCGCCAUUGCCUUCGUGACGUGGAGAGGCCCCUGGUGCUGCCUGGUGCUGCCCCGGGCUGGCCCAGCUGGACAUCGACAGCCACCUAGCGCAAUGCUUGGAGGAAAGCACAGAGGACGUGGUGUGGUGACCCAGCCGGUGCGGAGGCCCAGCAACGCCCCGCAGCCCCGACCCUGGCCAGAACCACCCGCACUUGGGGCUGCCUAUGAAGACGUAUCAGCUGACCGGCCGCAUCAUGUCUCUGUGCUGAGACCCAAAUAUUUGGUUUUCUCCUCUAGGCAGAGCGUUGCCCUGUGGUCGGGGCACCAACAGUGCCCGGCAGGUGCGCUGCCCAUUUAUUUCCCUGGCUCCCCAGACCUGGCCCAUGUUCACACCGUGUUACCCACUAUUCACUACACAGGGCAGACGACUCCAGGGGCAGGUGUGGUCACCGCUGGGCACUCUGGCCCCUCACCAUUGACCAGCUGAUCUGCCGGAACAUUCUGUGUCGGCCAUGUUUUAUUUGGGUUAUAAGCAGAAAGUGGGGCUAAAGCAUGUCUGUAUGCAGUUCUGCAAAAUAAUAUGCAAUUCUAAGAUAAACUUUCA